AUGGUUGAGAAAUGGAGGACGCUGCUCCAGGAUGUCCCACAGAACCAGACACCAGGAGCGCUGGCCCCCGCAGGUUCCUUGGUGCAGUGGCGGCCCCCUUUUGCAGUUGCCGCGGAGCUUCCCACGACGUGCCCGGAGGCCUUGCCCGGUCAGUUGCCACCCGCCGAGUGCCGCACUGCCCGCUCUCCGGUGGCACUCGGGGUGGGGCCCGUGGGAGAUGGUCGCGUGGCCGGCUUGGCUCCCCCACACUGCGUGCGAGAUCAAGGCGCCGUCUCCUUUGAGGAUGGGCUUUGCCUUUGGGUGGCUCUUGGUGCUGGUGCCGCCCGUGCAGCCUGGCGGGCGAGGUGCCCCGGAGACCGGGAGACUGCCGGAGCCGCCUCGUGCUGCCGCCCACAGCCCCCUUCCUCCCAGGACUGGGCGUGCCUUCCUCGCCUUCCCCGUUCUCCCACGGAGGAGUGGCGGAGCGCUUCUGCCUGGCUGCGCAGCAGGCUUUGCCCAGAACGCGGGGCGGCAGUUGGCCAUGCCUCUCCUGUCUUCCAGACUCCCGACGGUGGCGAGGCUUGCAGACUGAUCAGCGACGCCAGCAACUCGGCGAGCCAGGAGCGCGACGGACAGGCCAAGGAGCAGGCACCCUCAGUGGCUCCGAGCGCCUCCCCGCAGGAGGAGGCAGGGCUCUUUGGCAGCCAGCGCACACUCCGGCACGCCCAGUGCAGCUUGGAAGCGGCUGUCCCCACAUAAGAGGCCUGCCCCGGAGGCUGUUGGCAAGCGACACCACACCAGGGGACAGCUCCGUGAACGGCGCGGAAGGGCCAGCCGGCUCCGGCACGGACACUGGACAGAGCCACUCCGGGGGGCUUGGCCGGCGCCUCCCGGGCUGCAAGCCUCCCUCCCCUCCGUGCAGUGCAAGGGGCAGGAUCCGUGCAAGUGGGGCCGCGACCAGCGGCGGCCAAGGGAGGGCCGUGCCAUGCCGUGCAGCGAGUGUGGCUACCGCCUGGGAGCGUGCCUGCCGCGACAGCCUUGGGCCUGUUGUGUGGAGGGGCCCCGGGGCGAGCCACUCCUGCCCCCGGGUCCGGCCCCCUUCCCCUGCCUCGGGACAGAGGCCGGGAAAGGGACCACGACACGAGGCGGGCCAGGGCUUGCUGUGCUUGCCACCCCCUGCCCCGCCGAGCGCUGGCCGUGCGCCAGUGCCGCACUGCCUGGGCGGCGGCGGCAGCAGCAGCAGCCUGCGGACGUGGCGGGGCGCCUGGGCGGUGCAGUGCUAGCGAUGGUAGAGCAGUGUGGGAGCAAGCGUAGGAGCAGGCAGGUCACGUUAGGAUGUGGUGGUGCAGGUAGAAGGUACAGGUAGAGGGAAGAUGAUGGGAUGGGGUGCAGGGAGAGGGGUAGGGCAGGAUAGGCUGGGGAGUUGGGGCGUGGGGCGCUCUGUGAGCCACAAGGGACGUCCAUGCUCCAGCAAGCACCACGGCUGAGAGUCACCGCCCAGCCGCCAUGUCUGUGCCACUGCCGUGGCCAAGCCCCGGGGCCCUGAACGUACCGGCCGCUCGGUGGGCUUGCUCUGCAGCGGCUCGCCUCGUGGGCUGGUGGCCUGCGCAGGAAGGCGGGCUGGGCCAGGCUGGGGAAGGGGGUCUGGUGUCCCCGCGAGGCCCGUACACUUGCUCGGCUGGCACGUCCUGCCGCGAGGACGGCCGUGGAAUUUCUCAUCAUGCCAAAACUGGAGUGUCCUUUGGACAGAACUCGCAUGUUCAGUUUUAGGAGGGUGCAGAUGGAUGGCCCACCACUCCAUCUCUCUUUCUCGAACUGCACAGCGACUGCUUCCACAUCUACAGUUAGAGCUUUUAUGAUUUUAAUCUAAUUUUAGCAUUUACUUUUAAUGAACAAUUUGGGGAGUGAUCAGGCAAGGUUUCACUGACUAACAUGACUUCUCUCGGUGCUGGGCUGUGGCUUGUCUGUCCUCUCCUGGGAUGUUCCGGGGGAGAUCAAGACUGUAACUAGUGACAUUUGUACAACCAAAGAAAUCUAUUUUGUGGGUCAAGGACAAUAAAGUUUACAUUUUAGAA